AAAGUAACUUCAGCAUGAGCUCAUGCACAUUUUACUAAAUUCCCGUGUAACCAACACAAUGGCUAACACACUUAAUCCUGUUUUUAUUGGAUUAUUCAUGUUGAUCUCAGCAAAUUUGACUUUUUGCAUUUCAGAAGAGGAGCUCCAUGCUAGCUACUGGAACAACAAAGGGAAGCAGGCUCUUCACACUGCCCUGAAUAAUCAGCCUAAUGUGCGCCGAGCCAAGAACCUCAUCCUUUUCCUGGGGGAUGGUAUGGGUGUUCCGACGGUGACUGCUGCUAGGAUCCUGAAAGGUCAACUGGCAGGAAAAUCUGGAGAGGAAAGCAGUUUGGUUAUGGAUACUUUCCCUUACCUGGCUCUAUCAAAGACGUACAACGUGGACCAGCAGAUGCCCGACAGUGCUGGCACUGCAACAGCGUAUUUAUGUGGUGUGAAAGCCAACUACGGCACCAUUGGUGUCACUGCUUCCACUCCACGGAAGAACUGUAAAGCUGCUCAUGGUAAUGAGGUGGAAUCUGUUCUGCACCGUGCCAAAAAAUCAGGAAAGUCCGUUGGUAUUGUCACAACGACUAGAGUGCAGCAUGCCUCCCCAUCGGCAAACUAUGCUCAUUCUGCUGACAGAGAAUGGUACUCUGAUGCUGAUCUCACCACCGAAGCUGUCAAAAAUGGCUGCCGUGACAUCGCCUAUCAGCUGGUUCACAACACAGAGAUUGAUGUCAUUCUUGGUGGAGGUCGUCGGUACAUGCUUCCCAGAACAGCUUCAGACCCAGAGUACCCAGCUGAGAAAGGCGAUCGAAAGGAUGGAAAAGACCUUAUUGUAGAGUGGGCAAAAAUGAAAACGGGGAAGGUCGCAAAAUAUGUCUGGAACAAGACUGAUUUUGAUGCUGUUGAUCCUCGACACACAGACUUCCUGUUGGGUCUGUUUGAACCCAAAGACUGCCGCUAUGAGCUGGAAAGAGAUCCGGUCAUGGACCCUUCUCUUACAGAAAUGACGGAAAAGGCAAUUAAGAUUCUCAGCAAGAAUCCUAAAGGAUUUUUUCUGUUUGUGGAAGGGGGGAGAAUUGACCAUGGUCACCAUGAUGGGAAGGCCAAAAAAGCGCUCCAUGAAGCUGUGGAGUUUGACCGUGCAAUUGGACGAGCAGCUGAACUCACCAGUGAACUAGACACCCUGACAGUAGCUACUGCCGACCACUCCCAUGUCUUUGCUUUUGGGGGACAUUCUGCCAGAGGAAACUCUGUUUUUGGGGUGUCACGCGGUAAAGCUGAUGACAAAAAGCACUUCACCACUGCUGUGUAUGGGAAUGGACCAGGAUAUCAGAUCAUCAACGGGACUCGGCCUGAUGUGAAUGAGACCAUUUCAUCAACAAAGGACUACCGACAACAGGCUCCUGUCCCGAUCGACUCAGAGACCCAUGGAAUAGAGGAUGUGGCAAUCUUCGCCAAAGGGCCGAUGUCUCACCUCUUCCACGGGGUUCAGGAACAGAGCUACAUUGCACAUGCCAUGGCUUUUGCUGCCUGUGUCGAACCUUAUGAAAGCUGCAAUCUCAGUGACCAUGCCGGGGCAUUUUACCCCAGUCUCCUUCUUCUUCUAACAGGCGUUUUCAUGACCCUCUCUGCCUAAGAUUGUUGGCCAAGUUAUGAAAUAGCUUAUUUUGUCUUUGUUUUUAAAUUAUAAUAUUGAAGCAUGAAAGUGUUGUGUGUGUGUGUGCUCUGUUCAGUCAUUUGUAUGUGUUCAAACAGCACUGUGGUAAAAAAAAAGAUUUGCUUUUAUAAUGACCCAAUUUAAACACUCUAGUAAACUUAGAAUUUCAAAAUAGAAAUUAUUGAAAUAUAGACAUUUAUAUAAAUAUGUUAAACUCUGCUAUCCCUGAUGGAUUAGUGAUGUGUUCCUCAUUAUGCUGUCAGUAUGUUAGAAGCUGAGACAAGCUCAUGCCUCCAGAGAAUAAACGUAGAGAAAAUGAAAGAAUGA